AUGCUCCAGCGGGCGAGCCAGUUCGUCGCCGUAGAGACAUGGAUGGCCGGGAGGCGCGAAGAGCACAAGAGGGUCAAGCCGGAGCCGCCCCGACAGCAGCAACCCGUUGUGUCUCGACGUAGGUCGAACAGAUCCGACCCGCCGGCUUCGAGGCCCCCUCUCCCCGCCUUGAACAAGUCCCGAACGAAAAUAUUCCUCCACAUAAGGGAAAAGGGACUGCUCAAAGAGCCCUACCCGAUGAGGAGUUCGCGGGCGCUGGCGGACCAAUCGAAGUAUUACCGCUUCCACCGGCAACAUGGGCAUGACACCGAACAGUGUCGGGAGUUAAAAAGGCAGAUCGAGGAGCUCAUUCGUAGGGGAUAUCUCGGCCAGUACCUUCAGCCGGACAAGGAACCUUCACCGCGCCCGGAGGGUCCCAUCGAACGACACAUCGACGUGAUAGCUGGCGGCCCCGCAUCUGGCGGGGAUUCCAUGACCAGAAGAAAGGCUUAUGCCCGAGCCGCCCCGGCCAAAGCUCCCAGGCACGGGCCCGAGCCUGAGGUCACUUUCCCAGUCGGAACAUCCGAACAAACCGAGCACGACGAUGCGCUCAUGAUAUCGGCCAGGAUAGCCAAUGCAUAG